CAGAAUUGAGGAGAAACAUGGACAGGAACAUAUGCAGAGCGCAAACCACACUGCAGUCCCAGGAUGCACAGAAGUGUAAAGUCUUUGUAAAAAAUCUGGACUACAGUGUGGACGACAGGCGCCUGCAUGAAGCGUUCCUGCCAUGUGGAAGAGUCAUCAGUGCAAAGGUGACUGUGGAGAAUGGCCGCUCCAGAGGUUUUGGAUUUGUGAGCUUCUCCUCUCCAAAUCAAGCAGAAAAAGCGAUCAAAGAGAUGAACGGAAGGAUGAUGGGCAGGAAGCCACUGUAUGUGACGCUGGCUAACAACAGUAAGCAGCGCAAGGCUUCCCUCACCCGGACUGAGCAGUGUACAAGAAGCAGCGGUCCAACUGAGCCACACACAAGACCUCACAGCUUCUUGCAGAGGGUCCAUUCACAUCGUCGUCCCACUGUUGCACCGGCCACCAGAUGAACCAUAUACUUCAAACUUCAUACUUCCUUUUAUCUAUCUAUCUAUCUAUCUAUCUAUCUAUCUAUCUAUCUAUCUAUCUAUCUAUCUAUCUAUCUAUCUA